AUGGCUGAGAAGAACCAACAGAUGUUUGUAUCGGCAAAUGGCUACUCCAGAAAGGAUGAAGAAUCUGCCACCUUACAAUCCGAAGAUGAGCUCAAACGCCGAAAGAGAAUCAAAUUGGCUAUGUAUAUUGGUGGUUUCAUUGUGUUUCAGAUCAUAGUGAUGACCGUAUUUGGUCUCACUGUGAUGAAAGUUAAGACCCCAAAAGUCAGGUUAGGUGCCAUCAACGUCCAAAGCCUCAACUCUGUCCCUGCAACACCUUCAUUUGACACAACCUUCACAACCCAAAUCAGGGUCAAGAACACAAACUGGGGACCUUAUAAGUUCGAUGCAAGCACUGCAAUGUUCUUGUACCAAGGCAUGGCUGUGGGGCAAGUUAGUAUUCCUAAGAGCAAGGCUGGCAUGCGUUCCACCAAAAAGAUUGAUGUCACAGUGAGUUUGAAUUCCAAUGUAUUGCCAAGCUCAAAUCUCGGAAGUGAUUUGAAUGGUGGGAUCUUGACCCUCAGCAGCCAAGCUAAAUUGACCGGAAAGGUUGAACUCAUGUUCAUCAUGAAGAAAAAGAAGUCGACUGAUAUGGACUGUACCAUAGCAUUUGAUCUGUCCUCCAAGGCGGUCCAAACUUUACAAUGCAAGUGA